AUGUCCACCUACAACAUCUCAGUGCCAGAGGAGAAGCUCGUGAGUCUGAAGAUCAAGCUUGGUCAAAGCGAGUUUCCAGACGAGCUUGACGGCGCUGCAUGGGAUUACGGUGCUCCCUUAGGUGAUAUCAAGCGCCUGGCGAAGCGAUGGCAGAGUGGCUACGACUGGCGAGCCGAAGAAGCAAAACUCAACGAGCUGCCCAACUUCCACAGACCUAUCAAGGUCGAACGCUUUGGAGAGCUGGACGUCCAUUACAUCCACCAGCAGUCGGACAACUCAGAUGCAAUCCCUCUCCUCUUCGUGCAUGGGUGGCCUGGAUCAUUCCUCGAAGUCACGAAAAUGCUACCAGUCCUCCGUCAGUCGAAUCAAGGAGUCUCGUUCCACGUUGUAGCACCUAGUCUCCCCAACUUCGGCUGGUCCGAAGGGGUCAAGAAGCCUGGGUUUGGCCUGGCACAGUAUGCGGAAGUCUGCGAUCAACUGAUGCAAGCGCUCGGUUACAAGCAGUAUGUAACCCAGGGUGGCGAUUGGGGCUUUAUGAUCACUCGAUCCAUCGGACUGCGGUAUCCCCAGCGCUGUUUGGCCUCGCAUAUCAACAUGGUUCGUGCGAGCCAGCCUACCUACUCGAAGCAUCCGAUCCUGGCGCUUCAAACCGCUCUGACGCCAUAUAGUGAAGCAGAUAAAAAGGGUUUUGCAAGAUCUCAGUGGUUCUUGAACGAAGGCGGCGGCUAUCGAGUGCUACAAGCGACCAAACCACAGACACUCGGCUACGCCCUGCAUGAUAGCCCGAUUGCCUUACUUGCAUGGAUCUACGAGAAGCUCCACGACUGGACUGAUGAGUAUCCGUGGACUGACGACGAGAUCCUGACAUGGGUCUCAAUCUAUUACUUCUCUACAGCAGGGCCGGCAGCCAGUGCGCGCAUCUACUACGAAGCGACACACACGAGCGAGAUCCACCGUGCGCGUACUGAAGAAUGGAUCCCAAAGGUCAAGCUUGGAUUGUGUUACAGUCCAAAGGAGCUGACUGUCGUGCCGUCGACCUGGGGUCGUACAUUGGGCCCCGUUGUGUAUGAGAGCCGCAAGCUCCGCGGUGGACACUUUGCAGCGUGGGAACAUCCUAACCAGAUCAUUGAGGAUUUGCUGAACAUGUUUGGCAAGAACGGCAAGUGCUACCAAAUCGUGCGGCCGCAGGCCAAGCUUUGA